AUGGCUGUUCCCUUCACUAAGAACCCGGGUCUCGUCAACCCUUACUUCGAGCUUGACCAGCGUGGCAAGGUCAUGGCCGAGUACAUCUGGAUCGACGGCGAUGGCGAGAUCCGCGGCAAGACCACUACACUUAACGGCCCCGUCAAGGACCUCAAGGACCUCAAGGAAUGGAACUUUGACGGUUCCUCCACCAACCAGGCUCUCGGCGGCAACUCGGAUGUCUACCUCCGUCCCGCCGCUUACUACCCCGACCCCUUCCGUCGCGGUGACAACGUCAUUGUCCUUGCCGAGUGCUACAACAACGACGGUACCCCCAACAAGUCCAACUACCGAUACCAGUGCAACAAGAUCAUGACCCAGGUCGCGGCCGAGAAGCCCUGGUUCGGUCUCGAACAGGAGUACUCGCUCUUUGACAUGGACGAUCGCCCGUACGGCUGGCCCAAGGGCGGUUUCCCCGGCCCCCAGGGUCCUUACUACUGUGGUGCCGGUGCCGGCAAGGUCUUCGCCCGUGACCUCGUCGAGGCUCACUACCGUGCCUGCUUGUUCGCUGGUGUCAACAUCUCUGGUAUCAACGCCGAGGUCAUGCCUUCCCAGUGGGAGUUCCAGGUUGGCCCUUGCGAGGGUAUCGAGAUGGGUGACCAUCUCACCCUCGCCCGUUACCUCCUCAUCCGAGUCGCUGAGGAGUGGGGUGUCAAGGUCUCGUUCCACCCCAAGGCUGUUCCCGGUGACUGGAACGGUGCUGGUUGCCACACCAAUUACUCGACCGAGUCGAUGCGCAAGGAGGGCGGUAUGAAGGCCAUCGAGGCUGCUAUCGAGAAGCUCGCCAAGCGCCACAACGAGCACAUUGCCGUCUACGGUGCUGACAACGACAAGCGUCUCACUGGUAAGCACGAGACUGGCCACAUCGGUGACUUUUCGUCUGGUGUUGCCAACCGUGGUGCCUCCAUCCGAAUUCCCCGUCACGUUGCCGCAGAAGGUUACGGUUACCUCGAGGACCGACGUCCCGCUUCCAACUGCGACCCUUACCUUGUCACUGGUAUCGUCGCCGAGACCACUCUCCUCCUCUAA